AUGGAGCUCAAGACUUUUGUUUUCGAGGAGCUGAUGAGAGGCGCAGCUGACAACAUCAACUUGGGCGACGAACCGGCCGGGCCAUUUCUGUCACUUAGCCUCGGGCCGGCGAACGCGAUCGGCGCAAGUCUCCGCACGAGGGGAGGGGAGGCGAUCAAUGCAACACAGGCGCGACCGCACGCCAGAAACGCCGCCGCCGACGGGAUCGGUUUGGCCCUCGGUUUGCGCUGCGACAGCGACGGCGGCGAUGAGCCGGUCCUCGCCGUCGGCUCUGCUGGCACCAAGCGGCAGAGGGUGGUAAUAGUAAGCGACGACAGCGGCAGAGGAAGCAAGAAGGCGCUGCUGUCGGCGCCGCAGCCACUGCAGCAGCAGCAGCAGAGGCCGGACCGCGUCACCUUCAGGGCGCGGUGCAGCGCGGCCACGGUGAACGACGGGUGCCAGUGGCGGAAGUACGGGCAGAAGGUGGUCAAGGGCAACCCGUGCCCGCGCGCCUACUACCGCUGCACGGGCGCGCCUGACUGCCCCGUCAGGAAGAAGGUCCAGCGGUGCGCGCGCGACACGGCCGUGCUCGUCACCACGUACGACGGCGUCCACAACCACCCGCUCUCGCCCAACGCCGCCGCGAUGGCGUCCGCCGUGCUCGCGUCGUCGUCGUCCGCCGCCUCGGCGUCGUCUUCAUCGUCACGGGAUGCGGCAGGCACUGCUGCUACCGCCGCCGCUCUCCGCACCAGAUGCGACGCGCGCCGCGGCUGGCCUUCCCCAUCUCCGUGCUGCCACCGGCGCCGCAACGCUAUUCGUCCAGCUGCGCCGUGA